ACCACUACCUGCCACAAAUUCACAUUGAGAUUCCUCUUUCGAUCCUCUAGCAUGUAUCUUAAUGUUCACUUCAUAUUGAAGCUGUUUCAUUGAAGCACGAGUUAUGUCUUUAACAAAGACUUAGUAAGACAGAAAGAAAAUGUUUAUUCGGAAAACAUGGCAAUUUUUCAAAUUGAUGUUGAAGUUGCCGAUUAGGCGGUGGUGAGCUGGACCUUUGUGGUUUGGACUACAGGGAUGAUUUUUAGUACCUACCAAACAAUCACCUCUUUGGCCACAAUAUUCAGCAAUACUCAAACAGAUCGAAAUGAUGAAAAUAAAUCAUUGAUAUAUGUUCCUGAAACUCCAAUCGCACUGCCAGAAAAUCAUAAAAGUGCUGGUGAUGUGCACAAAGAAACAUCAGCAUCACAAUGUCUUUUUGCUACUUCAGUAUCAGCAUAUGAAUGGGUAGAAAAUAAGUAUAACCUUCGUGAUAAAUUGGGUUUUGCCAUUGUCAAAGAUAUAAAGGAUGAUGUUCAUAGCCUCAUAAUUUACACAUCUGAAAAAAGAACUCUAUCUCUAGCAACUAUAACAUCAAAAUUUGUAAUUAAUGUUAAAAAAGAUGUCAACAUAUCAUACUAUGACAAUUAUAAAAAAUAUUGGCUUAUUUCUUCCGCAGCUAGUAAAAUUUCUGAUAUAGUGAAGUGUUUAGAAAACUUUAAAGUCAAUGUGACAUAUUUAAAUGAUGCAGAAAUUUCUUCACCCAAAGAUGUAACAGAAACAGUGCCUGACCAACUACCUAAUGAAAGUUUAGAUAUUGAUACUGACAGUUUAACAAAUCAAAAAAAAGACUCUAUUUUGAAAAGAAUGGCAACAAUGGGCCAAUCAGUUUUGCCUCCAAGUAACAAUAUUGUUUCUAAGUCCACUGAUUCCUCUGAUACAAAUGACUAUGAUCAUCCUUCAUUACCAAGGCAUAAGUCAGUAAAAUCAUUGCCCAAGAAACAUUCCACAGAGAAGAAUGCAUAUUCAGGAAAACAAUAUAAUAAUGAGUUAAGUAAAAUAUUACCGAACACAUUAAAAAUCCAAGAUUCAAUCAUUCCUGUAAAUGUUAAAAAGUUUGAAUCAUUCUAUGAAAAUAAUAUGCACAGUUUAAUCACAGAACAAAGAAUAAGUAACAGUGAAUUAAGAAUAAAUAUAAAUAGAUUAUCAGACAAAGUUGACCAUUUAUGUAAUAAGACAUUGGGUGGAGGUACUCAAUCACAUUCAUUAAACAAUCAAAAUGAAAUAGUUAACAAGUUGUUAAAAGAAUAUGAGAGUAAAAUUUUUGUAUAUGAAAAAUUUAUUAAAUCAAAAGGCUUUGAAUGCAAUUUAUUGUUUACAAAUGAAAAUGAACCAUCCUCAUCGGUGAAAAUAGACAGUAUCGUCGAAACAGAGAAGGAUAAAGAAAAUCAAGCCCUAGAAAUUAAUGAACUAAACAAAAAAAUUGAUCUCCUCACAAAUGCUUUUUCUCAAAUGACUGAAAAACAUAAACAACAUGAAGAGAUUUUACUAAAAGAAAUAGAUACUUUGAAACAAGACCUAAAUGAUAAGAAUGAAAGUUUAUACACAAUUAGUAGGAGUAUUCAAAGUAUUGCAGCCAAUUCCAAUUCAGAAGAGUAUAGUAAUAAACUUAAAAAUAUAAUGAAUAGUACUUUCCAAACAAUAUCAUCCAAAUUCAAUGAUGAGGAUAGUUAUUUAGGUACUGUGGUUAAGAGUAUAGUUGCAAAAAUAAUAAAAAAGACAACAAUGGAAUCUUUAAAUGAUAUUAAUUAAGCACCAGUGACUUGACACAAGAUUCUUAUUAAUUCAAAUCAUGUCUGUGCAAUAAAAUCCAUUGCGGAGUUUACUUGCUAUGUGCACAAAUACCAAUCCUUGUAUGGUGAAAGAAUACAUCUUGAGGAUGCAUUUUUCAGAGCCAUAAAUCACAAGAGUGUGUCAGGCAUAGAAGAAAAUGGAUUCAGAAAUAGAUAUAGAAACAGAUUAUGAGGCUUUCUUUAAUCAGCUCUAAAUAAAUACUUUAUAAAUGUUACUGACUGAAAAUAUAUUAUUCAAAUUGCAUUUUUAUUAAUAUAUUUUUUUUUAUAUAGUAUUCAAGUUUGUUACAUUAUUUUUAUUCUGGUGUUAAAAAGUAUUAGCUUCCUGAAGUUUACUGGUCUUAAACUAUAAUGAUACAAAACACUGUUUUUAGAAACUAAAUAUAUAGUGAAAAAUCUUAAAUAUAGAACUUACUCUUGAAUAGGUUAAUACUUCAAAAUAAAUAAAAUCAUAUUUUC